UUAGAUAGUAAAUAUAGUAGCAAUGACGACUAGAGAUUUGCUUUCUUUGCACGAAACUGUCUCUCGGUUUGAAGGAAUUGUUGAGCAACCGUGCUUUUUUCUGACUUCUUUAUGUCCAGAUAACUGCGGGCAUGGAGGAUCAACCGCUGUCUUUGCUAUACAAGAGUAUUUAAAUUAUGAAAAACCUGGUGAAUAUGGUGACCCUAAAUCGGAAAAGUACCACGUUCGUUUAAAAGAUUCCAAGGAAGCAACUGGUUUGACAAAAGAACGACUAGAUCUUUUAAAGAGUUUGGUAAUUGGAGACAUAGUGUUGCUAUCUUGGAAUCAUGAUUAUGUUCAUAAAGAAGGUUGCAGUUAUCCUGAGAGACCUAUUACAAAACUGGUUAGGUUUGAGCAUGAUACUGCAUCAAAUUAGGACAAGGCCUAGAAAUGAAUUUUUAUAAUAACAGAAAUGUUCUAAUUAUUAAAAACAUUUUUGUUAUUAUUGGUUUUGUAACAAAAUAAUUUUUAAUUUUAUACUAUUUCUGGUACAAUGCAUAA